ACGGGUUGCUUACUAGUACAAGUUAAAUUUCUACAGAUAGACAUCAAAGGCUUACGAACAAGUAUUUUUGAUUUGUUCUGAAUCUCUUAAACAACUGUUCUUCUAUUAACUUUUAUUAAAUUUACUAAAUUGUGUAAUUUAUAUUAACAUUCAACUCAAUUCUUUGUGAUAAAUUUAAGUUUAAUAGUCAUGGCUUCCUUUUUCUUUGUGUCCAGAGAAUUUUUACUUUUAUGGUGUAUUUUAACUACGGCUUUUAGUAGUCCAUCUACACCAGCAAUAUCUAGAAAAGUAAUGGAUGAAAUUUAUACAACUGCUCGACCCAUUAAAACGAUUGUUGAAUUAAAUACCUUCAGACCAUUAUCAAAGCAAAUAGCUAAUAAUCUGAAAACGACAAAUGUCGAAACGACCACAACUACAACAGUAGCUACAAAAACAACAACAAAAACUGUGUCUACUCCCAGAACAUUUAAUGGUAAUGAACCACUUUAUCGAUUAGACGGAGUGACCGGACAAGCGUGUAUUCUUCUACAAGUAGAUGCACUUAUAACUGUCAAAUUUCGUACAAAACUUGGGGAAGAACAAGAAGCUAAUAUUUAUGUUCCCAGUGAUGCUACUGUUACAGGAAAUUGUGACAGUGAAAACUUUGUUACAAUGUCACUGAAAUGGAAUGCUUUUGUUCUGUCUUGGAGUUUUGCUAAGACCCCCGGUGGUGAGCGAUGGUACGUUGAUAAAGUUGAGUUGACGUAUAAUUCUAGUGAUCGUCAUUUUCCACUAAUUGAUCAACCAAAUAAAACAAUUAGACUUACAUCUGGACAAAAAAAUACUCUUUUCCCAACACCUGUUGGUAAGUCUUACGUUUGUGAGGAAGAAGUUAGCAUUCCUUUAAGUGACGGUAAAAAUAAUGCUGCUCUUUUGUUAAGAGAUAUGAAAUUGCAACCAUUUAAAUUCAAAAAUAAUGAAUUUGCUGCUGAAUUUUCAUGUAAGUCGUUAAGCGCGCGUGCAGGUAGGGAUGAAACUGCACCAGUAGCUGUUGGUUCAACACUUGCUGCUGCUGUACUUUUAACUAUCACAGGUUACGCUGGAUGGCGAUAUUUCAAGGUGAAAAAAGUUAAAUAUGAUACAAUGGAGUAAGACAUUUUUUUAAGUUAUCAAAAAAGAAUAAUAAGCAUAAUGAAUGGAUGCUAAUUAUAUCCUUGUGACUGUUAUGGCUUUCAUUGUUGAAUAAUUACAUAUUGCUAACAUAUCGAUAAUUUUUACACUUCUUAUAUUAUUAAUAAGAGGUAAAUAACACAUUAAUGAUUAAAUAUAUAGAAAUUAAUUACCGAUAAAAAUAUUUCUCAAUAAUAAUUUGAAAAAAUAAAUUCUUAAUGUUUUGGAUCGUUAUAAAUCGUGCUUGAUUUUCGUUGUCAAUUUAUGAUCAGUUUGGGACGGAUGCAUUGACAUAAAUCUUUAUAAGCAUGUAUGUUGUAUAAAAUUAAAAACAAUCGUAUAGUGAAUAAUAAUUAGUGACAUCUUUUUAAAAAUAUUAUUCGAAAUAAAAUA